AUGCAAUGGAAAGGGUGGAAAGGGAACAACAAGACGGAAUUAAUGGUAGGAGUCGUCAUCUUACGCCUUUUGUCAGCCCUAUCCCAUGGCACACGCGCACGCACAGGCACUUGCACUUGCACUUGCACUAAACACACUCCGAAAGCACAAGUCAGCGAUUUGCGUGUAAAAACAAAAACACGAGCAGACUCUACGGAUGUAAAACAAAAAAAGCAAGUGGUUUCCAUUAAACAUAAGGCACGGCAAACAGCACAGAUAUUUUUCCACAUGUAUAACGUCAUAUUGUCUUACAUUUUCCAUGAUGAGUAUCUCACCACUGGAGUCACACAAAUGUUCCUCUCAUGUAUUCGAAUACCGACCUUCAGUACCGUGCCCACAAGUAUGCACUCGUGA